AUGAAUUCUGGCGUAUUAUUAUUGAUUAUUUGGUGGAUACAGUUAUUUUACACCUUUGGUAGAAAAUGUAUUCCUGAUGAUUUCCAAUAUAAAUAUACGGAAUGUGAUAAUAAUGGAGAGCGAUGGCGUGUUGCGGUACCUAAAAUGAAUAAUUUAGAAUGUAAUGAUGAAGUACCAUUACCGAUACGAGGAGUGAAUUGUUCCUUUACAUGUGGUGCCGGAAUGUAUUUGGAUAUUGUUACACAGCGAUGUCAACUUUGUCCAAAAGGUACAUAUAGUUUGGGUGAUGGCAUUCGUUACGAUGUAUUUGAUGAAAUUCCAGCAAAUUUUGAAGUGGAAAAUGUUAACAUUUUGCUGGAGAGAAAUAUCGAUACAAAUAUGGAGUCGAUAGAAGAUUGUCCAAUACAGAAAGGUUGGAUUGUACGAAAUGCAGAAUUAAUAUACGUGCCUUCACCAUGUUUAUCAAGGCUUACUUAUAGCAUUGAUUUAGUACGUCCUGGUUACGUGGAAUAUGUUUAUCGUUUACCACGUAAUAAUCGUGCGCUUAUUUUUAAUGUUGAUGUAAGAAAUGACAAAUGUAGAAGCUACAGAGAUGAAAUGAAACAAUUAAUGGGAAAUAAUUUGAAGAAGAAAGGUAGUUCAGAAGAUGGCAAUGAUUGGUAUCGUGAUCGAAUUGAAUUAAAAAGUGGUCAUAAUGUUAUCAGUUGGACAGUGAUGAGCUAUCGUUUGGAUGCAUUUUAUAACAAUGAUGUGAUCACAAUCUCACAUAUCGAUAUUCAUGGUUUACAACAGAUACGAAAAUGUACCAAAUGUCCGGGCGGUACGUAUAGUGGUAUUGGUGCUAAACAAUGCCGAUUUUGUCGUGCCGGAUAUUAUAGUCCACCAGGAUCCAUGCAGUGUAUCCGUUGUCCAUUAUCACAAUAUUCCCAUGCACGCUCAUCAUUUUGCAUAAAUCGACCUAUUUGUUCAUUAAAUGAUUAUUAUCCUGUUCUAAAACCAUGUAUUAAUGGUAAAACACGUACGAUAUUUGUUAAAGUGCAACCAAAUAUUUGUCGUGAUGAUUUAAAUGGUGCUAUUAAGAUCCCAGCACCUGGUAAUGAAAUUUCCUGUCCGAAGUGCAAUCCAGGAAUGCAUUUGAAUUCAACUGGUCAAUGUGUCUUUUGUCAAAAGGACCAUUACUCGCAUGGCGAAGAAUGUCAUCGAUGUCCAGUUGAUACAUUACCAAAUUAUGGCUAUCAUUAUAUUAUCUGGAAUACACUUCCACCAAAUAUGUUCACCAGAUGUGAAUAUAUUGUUGAAGGUGAUUUAAUAAAUUGUACAAUUGAUAAUGCAUGGAUACCAGCUGGAAGUAUGAUUCAAACGUCAUCAACGCAAGAGAAAGGCAUAGCACUUGAACUUGGCCUACAAAUUCAUGAUGGCUUUUCAAAUCCAUUACUUGCAUUUGAUGAGCUAAUAUCAUCACAUAAUCCAAUUGCGCAUAUUACAUUUGACUUUGAAAUGAAAUGCGCGGAUGAUAGCUGUGUGCUAUAUUUUAUUGAAGAUGCGCCAUCUCAAUCUUAUUAUCGUAUUCUUGUGGAUUUUAGUGGUACUCAACAUUAUCAAUCAUAUUCCUAUCCAAUUGUUUCACCAAAUCCAACACAAUUUUUAUUUGUUUUUAUAAGAUCACGAAGUUCAACAAAAGAAGAUGUCAUAACAGAUCGAGCAUUUAUUUAUCGAAUUAAUGUCACCAAUGUUGGUGACAAAUCAGGUGGUGCAUCAACAUGUUUACAAUGUCCAAAAUAUAAUGGGAAGUGUGUACAUUGUUUAGCUGGUGAAUACAUCACUGAAACAAAUAAUGAAUGUAAAAAAUGUCCGAAUGGAUUAAUAUUAAAUACGACAAGCGAUCGAAUGGGUAUUAAAAGUUGUAUACCAUGCGGUAUCAAUCUUAUCUCAUAUGAUAAUAUACGAUGUAUAUCAAAUGGAAUAUUAUUAUUAGAUAAUUUAUCUAAUAAUAAAACAUAUCAUUUUAAUUUUACAUAUUUCUUUAAUCGAACAUUUACAGCAGAAGGUGUGCAAGUAUUCGCACGUGAAGGUGCAUCAUAUUUUCAUUUGUAUAAUAUUUCACUUUUAACCGAAAAUGGCGCAAAUUGUAAGGAAACUUAUGCGUCAUCAGAAUAUGAAAGUGUUUCUUUAUCUUAUAAUAUGCAGGGAAAUCAAGGUCAAGAAAGUUCCGGAGCCGUAAAUGCAUACAUCUGUCGUUCAACUGCAUUUCCAAUGCAUCAACUUGCCAAUAUUACACAACGUUUUUUUUACAUUUCACCUGUCAUAAUUGGUGAUAAAAUUUUGGCUAUAACAUCUGAAAGAGAAUUGAAUAAGUAUGUCAAAUUAACUGGUCGAGAAUUUGAUAUUAUCGAAAAUAAUAAUACAAUGAAUGAAAUACCAAAUAUACAUUUUUAUUUCGGUUCACCUCAACCGUCGACACAACUUUGUCAACAUGGUGUGUAUACUGUUGUCACAUUAAAAUGUGAUCCACGACAAAUUAUCAAACCAUUGAUAAAACUUCCAAGUAAUUGUCCGGAUGGUACUUGUGAUGGUUGCUUAUAUCAUAUUAUCAUUUAUUCAUCACAUGCUUGUCCUAUUUGUACUGAACAAGAUUAUAGUAUAAUUAAAGGUGAAUGCAUUAAUGGAAUGCAAUCAAUUCAUAGUAUACCAGCAAGUUAUUGUAUUUCAAUGGAUAUGAUAAGAAAGGAACAAAUGAUACAAUGUACAACACUUACAUUACGAUUACAAUUGCUUAUUUUGGGCAUUACUUUAACUCUUAUCAUACUAUGUAUUAUCAUUAUCAUGGCUUAUAUAAAGAAUAAAAGUUUGGAAUAUAAAUAUAUGAAAUUGGUUGAAUGGAAAGAUAAUGCGAAAGAUUUGAGAUCAUUUGGUGCUGAAUCAUGUGGUGUAGAAGAUGAUGAUAAUGAUAAUGAUGAUGGCGAAGAUAAUGAUCGUAUAUUUUUUGCACGAAAAAAUAGACGAUUAUAUCGUGAAUAUAAGAAAGAACGCAAUUUAUCACAUGAUGGAAAUCGAGAAGAUAGUGGACAAACACCAUUUGUUCCACUGGAACAAGCUGAUUGA